GUAGAAUUUUUGAUCUAGUUUUUAAAAAUGUAAGUUUUUUUUUUUAUUUGUAGACUAUUAUUUAAAUAAAAUGGAUUGAGAAAAGUCAAAUUCUUUCUUUUAGUAUAAAAAUUUUUCAAAUCACCCGGCCUGCUGCUCCCCUAGGCCCCUUUACCGUUUUACAGCCCAUCCAUUUUACCAGGCUCUUUUAAAAGCCCGUUUUCAGUCUUGUUCUCUGUCGCGAACUGGGACUCGCCAGCUAGGUCAGAUUGGAGCAUUCGUUUUUUGAGAAAAAAUUCCCGACGUCUAGAUCUCUUGUUGUCACUGUAUUCAAAAAUGUAAUUGCUUAUUUUCUCAGUUCGGAAUGUUUCAAAAAUCAUACAUCAAGUUUAUCUGUUUAAUUUUGAAUAUUCCUGCACUUUAUAUGAUCUGUGCAUCAAUAAAAAAAUUUCCAGGCCUAAGAAGCUAACUGGAGGAGCUUGCCUGUUUCAAAAAUCAUACUUUGAUAUUGUUGUUUAAUUUAAUUGGUUUGGACUGUUUCAAAAAUCGUACAUUGAGUUUAUUGUUUAAUUUACACGGUUUUGACUGUUUCAAACUUGUACAUUGAGUUUAUUGUUUAAUUUACUCGUUUUAGAUUGUUUCAAAAAUCAUGCAUUGAUUAUAUCUGUUUAAUUUUGAAUGUAUUUGCCCCUUAUAUGAUCUCUGUAUCAAUAAAAAUUUUUCCAAGAAUCUAACUGGAGUAACUUGCCUGUUUCAUAAAUCAUACAUUUAAUUUAGUAUGUUGUUUAAUUUUGGAUGUUUUUGCCCUUCAUAUGAUCUCUGUAUCAAUAAAAUUUUUCCAGGCCUUAUGAAGAAAACCACACGGCUGAGUUGGUCCUUGGGAGGAGAUUUGUCAUAUGCCUUGCCCAAAGAAGGAUAUGAUGAUCUUCCUUGGGAAGAAGCCAGAUAAAAAUCUCUUACGUCAUGUGAAAAACGAGGUAAAUGUGGAAUACUUUAAAGGGGUGAAAACCGAUGAGAUCUUUCCAAAUCUGCAUGUGUUGGUACAUAAUUGGAGUGCUCUUUCUGAAACUUGGAUUGAGUAUUGUAUCUCAGGGACAACUGUGCAUUUGGGUUGUGCAUUUGGAUAGUUCGGCAAUGUCCACUACACUACGAGAUUGUGAGAUUCCAAAUCUUCACACAUUGCGAAACACUCUUGGUUUGUUAUGCGAAGUUAUGCGAAGUUGAACCAAUAAAAUUCUAUUUGGAAGUUGACAAAACAACUAAAAGAAAAGCAUUGCAUGACAUGAAGGAAAAAGCGAAAGGAAUCAAAGCCAAAGUUGGAUUUUGGAUAAAUGACAAGAAGAAGGCUUGUGGGUUGAUGAAGUAGUCAAUUUUGCAAUGAAUUGUUCGAAGAAGGCUUGAGAUUUGAUGAAGUAGCCAAAGACUGUUUGUGGAGCUUUUGAAUCUAUUUGAUGCACUGACCUGAAUUUGUCUUAUUAUGAAUGUAAUUUGGAGCUUUUGAGUUAAUUAUUUAUCUGUUUGGUGCACAAUGUAAUUGACGUGAAGUUGGUCUUAAUAUGCAUGGCACGUUACUUGCUUUCCUU